AUGGGGUCCCCCCUUUGCUUUUUAAAAAAUAAGAUUUCAAACUCGAUUUUCUCGAAUAUGCUUUCGAAUGAUAUAGGUCUCAUAACGAAGUCCCAUACCCCACAAACAACCUUCCCUAGUCAACUAACGAAGGACGGCAGCAAAUUUAGAACUUUUUCCGAGAUUUGCGGUGGCGUUUUUUUUGACCCACUCCUUGGGAACCAAGUGUGGGCCGACGAAAUUGCGCAGGCAGACGUUCGAAGCGCCGAAGGAGCGAUGAUAGAACUCGACGAAUGCCAAAUGAUGUUAUUUGGAGAACUGUGUCUUGUUUAUCAAAAAAGUUACAGACAAAAAACAGAGGCCCGGCCCGGUCCGACGCGAAAAGGUCCGGCCACUUUAUGGUAUUACUCGUCGAGUUCUAUUAGAUCUAAGUUAGUUGAUCUGAAAAUAUUGCUUCUGAAAGAAACUAUGGCAAGGCCCGCCCGGCAAGUUCCCGGUCGCAAGUAUGACAAUUUCAGUAGUUUUGAACCAAACAUAAAAUUAUACUUCUACCAGUUUUCGGCCUUUCGAAAUGUUUAUGUCUAA